GAAGUUGCAGUGCUAGGUGCUCGUGAACCAGAGUCGUCAACAAACAAAUUUACACUCCUCCCCACCCCCCACGUUGAAGUCGGUUUCCGUUUCCACGUAGCAACAGAGACGCUUAAUGCAAGCAAAUAGCUAGCUACUGUUCAAGAGCACAUAAAGAUGGCAGAGGUAGAGGAGACACUGAAGAGAAUUCAGACGCACAAAGGUGUUAUUGGCAUAAUAGUUGCGAAUGCAGAAGGAAUACCAAUCAGAACCACUCUAGACAAUUCUACCACUGUGCAGUAUGCAGGGCUGUUGCACCAGCUCACAAUGAAGGCCAGAAGCACUGUCAGAGACAUUGACCCCCAGAAUGACCUGACCUUUUUGCGCAUCAGAUCAAAGAAGCAUGAGAUAAUGGUGGCACCAGAAAAAGAAUACCUGUUAAUUGUCAUCCAGAAUCCUAGUGAAUAGUUGCCUCCCUCAGCAGACACCCAACAGGGACCAGUGCUCCGAUGUAGCACACACCACAUCGUAAUAACUUAUGCAUUACUUGACCACAGCAACCAUCCCACUGAAUGAAUGGUGCACUCUCUGCUUCACUGUCACUUUGCAUAGCAACCACCAUGUUUUCAGCCAACUACUCGUUCCUCUUUCUCUAAACUCUGCCUUACUUAUGUAUUGUCUCCUGGAUUAUACUGUUUUGUGUGGCCUCUGAAGAGUGAAAAUAAAAAAUAUAUAUACUACAAAGAUAAAUAAUGAAAGAAUUGUCACUUGAGAAUGGCUUUCAAAGGCUUGGCUCUGGUCUGUUGAUCUUCACUAGGCUUCAUUUUUUUUUGUUUUAUGAUCCUUGUCUGAAAAUGGUUGUGCUGAUGCUCUGAUGUAGAAGUCUGGGAAAAUGAAAACUUUAGACAAAGUAAAAGAUGGAAUUAAGGUUAUGAAUACUGUUUUUAAUGCUUUCUUUAUAUUUGACUGAUGUAUUAAAGAUAAUUUUCUAUCCCUCUAAUAAUAUUAAUUUAAUUAUCUUCAUUCUGGUAAAUCAUUUAAUAAUAAACUUAACUAAAAAUGUAUUCAUUUUAUAUGUUGUAGUUCAUUACAUCCUGAUUUGACUACAAAAUUAAAAUUUGUUAUUAAAUAUUGUACAAAUUGAAAUAUAUACCUGAUUAUCUGUAAAAUUCUGUUAAAAUAAACAGGCAUAUAAUAUUGUGUAAAAAGAACACCCUUGAGGCCAUACAUUUUAAAAAUCAAAGCAGCUAGUAUUUGUGAAAUGAUCUGACGGUACACCAAGCUGUUACCAUCAAGCUAUAUCUCCUGUACUGUCAAUGCCCCGAGGUAUUAAUUUGGCUGCCAAUGUUUUGCUGUACUAUCCCCUGAUAGUCUACUAGCUUCAUUUAGUGAAGACAU